UCCGGAUCGCCCGGCGAAACCCUUCGCCAGCCCUGGCGAAGGGUUUUUAAAGUACGGGCCUAUGACGACUAUAAAUCCACAUCUACAUGCAUUUAAGCCGAGCCUGCUGCUCUGCCUCGCACUCCGAGCCGAGGGACCGUCAGCGCGAUGGCUCUCAAGGCGACCCUUUUUGCCUUCGUGAUGGUCUUCCUAUUGGCUUUCGCAAACGGAAACCCUGAGGCCGAACCGGGAUACCGGAGCUAUGGCUACGGCCACGGCGGAGGAUACGGACACGGCGGAGGAUACGGACACGGCGGAGGAUACGGGCACGGCGGCGGGUAUGGCCACAGGAGCUACGGCUAUGGCCAUGGCCACGGAGGAUAUGGAUAUGGUUACCACUGAGUGUUGGCGAUUUCCUUCCUCUUCGCUCUCCAUCAUGUAAGAUUUAUUAUCUCAUUUUCAUGGUAUUUUUUGUAUCAGCCUUUCAGUGUAUUAACAAAAGAUCGGUACGCUCUGUACGCAUGAAAUACAG